UUUUAAAUUGAAAUGUGGGGCAUUAUAUGUUGCUAGUUAAAACAUUUAUGUUCACUGUGUGCGUACUGCAUAUUACCGGUUUUUCUUGCUUAGGGGAAAAAUAUAAUGAGAAAGUAAAAGGGUAAUAAUGUCAAAUGAAGCUAGUGCAUAUCGUAUAUCGCUAUAAAAAAGUUUAACAUUGAAAGUAGUAAAUAGCAAAAGGAAAAAUAAAUUAUUGAAAAUUAUAAAAAUGAGUUUUCGCCAUCAACCCUUCCAAUACCCUGGAACAUGCAGUUUAAAAGAACAAGUUGACUCUGUUGAACAUGAUUUACUACAUUUAGGCAAUAGGAUUCGUGGAUUAGAAGAUGCUUUAGAAAACCCUGAUAUUGAUCCUGCAUUGCGCGAUGUUUUGGAAGAAGAAAUUUUAGCAUUAAAAACUGAAGUAGAUAAACACAAGCAAAAUGUAAAAACUCUUCACAAAGACAAGUCGAAACAUAUUGGUAUAAUUACGAUCCUAAUCUUUAUUGUGUUAUGCGUAUUUACUAUGUACAGAUUAUUUUUUGCCUGGUAUUAGUAUACCCAUUUCAAAUAUCGGGUCAAUACGAAGAUUUUUGUACUAAAUAAAAAAUCAGUUUUCGUA